GCCCGGUGAGACAAACGGAGCCGCCGAUUAGAACUACGUUUCCCAUGUGCCCUUUCGCGCAGAGCGGCGUGCGCCUGCGCAGUUGCGGCUCCGCCGACGCGGUGUGGCGGCUCUGUGGAACUGCAGGGCGCUGAGGUUGUUCGCCCGUCCGUUUGCGGUUGGAAGUGGUCGGUCGGCGGCGGUGUAACCGGCAGCCGCGGAGGCGCCAUGUGGAUAUUCGGGUACGGCUCGCUGAUCUGGAAAGUAGACUUCCCGUACCAGGAGAAGUUAGUGGGUUACAUUCGGGGCUACAUCCGCCGCUUCUGGCAGGGCAGCACCGACCAUCGGGGCAUGCCGGGCAAGCCUGGAAGAGUUGUCACACUUGUUGAAGAUCCUGAGGGCCUUGUAUGGGGUGUAGCGUAUAAACUUCCAGAUGGAAAGGAGGAAGAAGUAAAGAAAUAUCUUGACUUCCGAGAAAAAAAUGGUUAUAGGACUACUACUGUUAUAUUUUGUCCUAAAGAUACUUCAAUUAGUCCUUUCCCUGUGAUGCAAUAUAUUGGAACAUGUGAUAAUCCUAAUUAUUUGGGCCCAGCGCCCUUGGAAGACAUGGCUCUACAAAUUUUGAAUGCUGUUGGGCAAAGUGGAAGGAACACAGAGUAUCUUUUUAAACUUGCCGACUCCUUACGAAGUCUUGUUCCAGAAGAUACUGAUGAACAUCUUUUUUCAUUGGAGAAGAUGGUUAAGGAGCUUAUGGCAAGAGAGAAAAGUAACUAUGUAAACAACUGAUGCAACAAAGUAGUGUGGAAAAAGGUUUUUACUUUAUCUCCUUCUUACUCAGUUUUUAUUUCUGCUGCAUAUUUAUUCCUGUCAAUCAUCCAUCAAAACAUGAAGAUGGUAUUUAAUGCAGUAAUACCUAAAAAGUGAACUCCAACUAUCAAAACUGGGUGCUCUCAUUGUUCGACCAUGGUCAUUGGCAAAAGUCCUGCUUACUCUCGAGACACAAUCCAUAUCUGAUUUUAUUGUACAAUUAAACACAAGAAAAGUUUGCACUGGAUACUUUGUGUAUUUGGGUAUUAUGUUUAUUGUCAACAUUUGUUAUAAAAACUGUUGUAUCUAAAUGAAGAAGCUGUAAGUUAAAUUCUACUUGAGAUGGUUAUAUCCAGUGAAAUUACAUUUAUAUGGAUGCUGUCAUCCAUCAUUGUUGCUGUAAACAGCGGACAUUCAGGGAUUGUAAGUGUAUAUUGGAAUGCAAAAUUCCAAAAGUUGAUCUGUUUAUGUACAGUAUUUGAUAGUGAGUUUUCCUAUUGUAAAUCAUUUUUGUAGUUCACUUCAACAGAAUCCACAGAAUGUUUAAAGAAAUAAAAACAGGUCAAGCAGUAUCUGCAGAGAGGAUAGAGUUAAUACUUUGAUUCCGUAAUCUUCCACCUGAACCAGGGAAAAGCCAAAGAUGUCUCUAAGCUGGUGCAAGGGCAGGAAAGUUACGGAAGGCAGGAAAGAACAAAAGAAAAGGUCUGUGAUAGGGUGGAGAUGAGGAGUUGAACGAACAACAAAGGGAUAAAGGUACAAUGCAGGUAAGCCAAGUAAAAAAAAAGCAGUUGGGUCUAGCAGAGUUGUAAAUGAAAAAGAUCCUUGCCAUUGCCAUCACCCUGCUGUCUGAAAAGACGGAGUAGUGAGUAUGAUCUGAAAUUGCUGAACUUCAUUUAAGUAGGGCACCCUCAUAAUCACUGCUGCCAUUUUUAUGGAUCGUAGGUUCUGGCAAUAGUUGCUCUAUUGCACACAAGUGUGUAUAUAUAUGGUUUGUGGACAAAUUCCACCCCUCCACUUAGGGGUAUUAAAACUUAACUAAUUUGACAUUACAAUCUAAGUUGUAUACAGAAUAAGAAGUUCUACAUGGUUCCACAUUAUUAUUAGGUAUUUCAAAGCUAUAAUGGUUGGUCAAAAAUAUUGCUUUUUGACUUGCAUUGAAUAUUUUAAAUUGGGGUUUGCUCCAAGAUUCUAUGGUAAUUCAAAUUUAUCAAGCUGCUGUCUUUUAGCUAAUGUGAUCCUGUGCUUCCUGAAUGUGUUGUACAGUAAUAUCACCAAUCAAACUUUAUAAUUUUGAAUGAAUCUCAAAAACCUUAAGGCACUUCUAAUAAAAUCAACACAGUGGGAAUGUUGGUUUGAAAUGUAUUCUAUCUCCAGUGUUUACACACAGAUGUCGUCAAAUUUAAAAAUCUGAACUUUUUUUUGUUCUGCAUUACUGGCCGCUAUUAUUUAAGGUUCUAACUAACAAUCCAAGUAUAAUAUUACUGUUAUUUUCAUGAUUAAUUUCAAGAAUCUGACCUUUCUAAUUGGAACAAAAAUAUAUUUCAUUGAUUCUCACAAGAUGGAAGGGGAACACUUGCUCUGCCAUGCCUGUGAUGAGACUUUGAGAGAGUUGUCAUGUUUUCGAUCCACAUCCUAGUAUUUUCUCCUUCAUCAUGGUAAUUAGUUUGCUUCAAAUACAUCGCCUCCUAUCGUUUUUUUCCCCACAGUGUUCUAGUGGAAGUAGAUUGCAUGCUUUCUGGUAGUUGUUCCAGAUCGUCAUGCUCUGCUCUGUGCAUCAACUUCCCCUUAUUUGCCCAGACUUCCUCAAGAAUGUAACUACUCUAGUCAUGAUUUACUGUGUUAUUUUUGUUAAUCACCUGCUAACAUUUAACUGUAUUUCAGAGUAUAAUUUUAAUUUAUAUAACUGCUAUCGUUCCUUUAACCAA